AGCUGGAGAUGAAGAUAGAAUAGUCAGCCAUUGCUCUUCUAUCCUAAAGACGCGUCGCGUGUCUGAUCCAAGUACGCUUCGUUUUUUCGAUCGAAAAGAUCGUUAAUUUGCUUCUCGUGUAUCUUGCAAAGUACGCGAUAAUAUAAUACCAAUCAUGAGUGACAGACCGAGCAACGGUGACUAUAAAUAUCAGAGGGAGGACAAACCCGAAAUCAAAACGAGAGGUUCGUCGGAAAAUGAACGCGAGGAGAAGGAGCAUCAAGUUGAUAAAGUCGGGGAAUAUGUCCGUGAGCUUUUGCAAGAAAAAGUUGAAUUGGAUUCGCAAAAAUGGUCAAACGCGACCAGAUUAAUCGAUCAAGAAAUUCAGAAGACUCAAGCCAUGGGAAAAGCUAUAAGGGAUCCCAAAUACGUGGAUAUCUAUCGUGAAAAGCAAAUUCGUGUGUCGGUAAAAGUAUUAGUACCGGUUCGAGAACAUCCCAAGUUCAAUUUUGUUGGAAAAUUGUUGGGUCCGAAAGGAAAUUCUAUGAAACGUUUGCAAGAGGAAACUAUGUGUAAAAUGGCAGUAUUAGGAAGAGGAUCUAUGAAGGAUCGUCAAAAGGAAGCGGAGUGCCGUAUGUCUUUGGACCCAAAAUACGCGCAUUUGUCAGAUGAUCUACAUGUAGAAAUAACAGCUCUGGCACCGCCAGCAGAAGCUUACGCUCGCAUUGCAUUCGCAUUAGCCGAGGUUCGAAAAUACCUGAUUCCCGACAACAAUGACAACAUACGCCAGGAACAGAUGCGAGAAAUGGAGAUGAAUAUGGCCGACGAUCCGAUGAGCACCGACGACAGAAGACCGUCUGUUAGGGGAGUUCCAGCUGGAGGCGGAGGAGGUAUAUUGAGACCUACUGCUAGACCCACAUUACCACGAUCAUCAAGAGCUGCAAUACUGCCACCGCCAUCGAGUCGAGGACCUCUUUCCCGGCCAGUAUCAGCGAAGAGCAAAGUAUUUUCUAUUUUGGAUCGCGCAAGGGUCGCUAUGGAUCAGAGUUACGGCUACGAGACUGCUACCCCGCCACCAAGCAAUCGCGUUGGGUCGCAUCACGAUUAUGACUACCAUGGCUCGACGAGCAGCAGUAGCCGAUACGGAGAUCGACAUUACAGUUCAGGAACAUCAGGGUACACAACAUACGACUACGAUGACGACAGCGUUCCGCACUCGUCCCACGAGUACUAUGAAACGUCUGAGUAUCCAGAGGAAUCAUCGAGCCGCGCAUGGAAAUCGUACAAGACGACAACGACAUCGGGCUCAAGUUCGCGCUACCGCAACGCUCCGUAUUCACGACCUUCCAAGUAAAAAUCCACAAACAAUCAUCCUCUAUAAAUUGAUAUCUCUUUAAUCUUUGAUC